CGCCACCGUCACGCCACAUUGUAGCGAUUCUGGAUAUCUACUAGGUCUUCAACUCAUCAUUCUUCAUUCGUCAUCGCUCUGGAGUCAAAUCUGCCAAGAAAGCGCACCUCUCGACCUCUGAGCCGAUUUCGGGUCGAGCCCGACGCCUCGACCUGCUCGGACGGCGAACGGUAGAGCUUCUUACCAUGUCCACCUCUCAGCCUCGCCCGGAGAUUGUGCUAUCAGAUGGAUUCACCCACAUCCGUAAAGUCCUCAUCGGCAACCGCGGCGAGAUCGCCUGUCGGAUCAUCAAGACAUGCAAAUCUCUAGGACUAUCGAGCGUAUCCAUCUACUCUCCAGCGGACAGGUCCAGCUUGCACGUCAGACAAGCCGACGAGGCGUACUUAUUACCUGGACCUGAUCAGACGGCUUAUAUCGAUGAGCAAGCCAUCUUGGACAUCGCAACAAAGAGUGGAGUGCAGGCUGUCAUUCCUGGUUAUGGUUUCUUAUCCGAAAACGCUGGAUUUGCCGAACGGGUCGAACGAGCCGGACUCGUCUGGGUCGGGCCUUCGUCGACGGUGAUCAAGCAGUUUGGGCUUAAACAUACAGCCAGGCGGUUAGCCAUGGAAGCUGGAGUCCCGGUCCUAACAGGCUCGGGGCUGGUAGAGACUGUCGAAGAUGCCUUGAAGGCUGCAGAGGAUGUCGGCUAUCCCGUCAUGCUCAAAGCCACCGCAGGCGGCGGAGGAAUGGGCCUCCAGAUCUGCCACACCCCUUCCCAAAUCCCCUCUUCCUUCCAGACCGUCUACGACCGUUCAAAGACGCUCUUCCACGACCCAGGCAUGUUCGUAGAGAAGUACAUUCCCGAAUCCAGGCACGUGGAAGUACAGGUCUUUGGGAACGGGAUGGGCGGGGCUGUGCAUUUUGGGGAGAGGGAGUGUAGUAUACAGAGGAGACAUCAGAAGGUUGUCGAGGAGUGUCCUUCGCCGUUCGUACAUACUAGGCCAGGGUUGAGGAAACGGCUGACGGAUUGUGCGGUCUCGUUGGCGAAGAGCGUUUCCUAUGGGAGCGCAGGGACGGUGGAGUUUUUGGUAGAUGACCAGACGGGAGAUUUCUACUUUCUGGAGAUGAACACUCGACUACAAGUUGAACACGGGAUCACCGAAAUGUGUUACGACGUCGAUCUCGUCGCCCUUAUGCUACAACAAGCCGAGAUGCAGGCCCGAGAUCAAGGCGGAGGGAUCGACCUCGAAUCGUUGAGGUCGUUGCAAAGAGAAGCUCCUCGAGGUUUCGCGAUCGAGGCCAGGAUCUACGCAGAAGUACCUUCUCGUAACUACGAGCCAUCUCCCGGUCUCCUGCAACAUGUCGAGUGGUACGAAGCCGCGGACGUCCGGAUCGAUACGUGGGUACACUCGGGUACGAAUAUCUCGUCCUUUUACGACCCGAUGAUUGCCAAGAUGAUGGUCUGGGACGAACAGUCGCACGAUGCGGCGACCGAGAAGAUGGUUCAGGCGUUAUCCCGGAGUCUCGUACAAGGAUGUCCGACAAAUAUCCGAUUCCUAUCAGCCAUCGUCGAUAGUCAGGCUUUUCGGAAGGGUGAAACGACGACCUCGUUUUUAACCCGAGAGGCUUUCGAUUUUCAACCUGCCACACUCGAUGUCAUAUCGGGCGGGGCAUAUACUACCAUUCAGGACUGGCCGGCUAGAAGAGGCGUCUCGUUUGGCGUGCCCGAAUCGGGUCCGAUGGAUGCAGUCUCGUUCAGGCUCGCCAAUGUGAUCGUCGGGAAUCCUCAAACUAUGGAGGGCCUCGAGGUGACGCUCAUCGGUCCAGAACUGCUCUUCAACACGCCCGGUAUCAUCGCGGUCACAGGAGGAGUCAUUGAUGUUUAUAUCGAUGGUGAACCCGUCGACAUGUAUAUGCGACACUUGGUCCCCGCCGGAAAGAAACUGAAACUGGGAUACGUGACUUCGGGAUGUCGCGCUUAUAUCGCCAUCAAGGGAGGGUUCCCAUCCGUGCCACUCUAUCUUGGCUCCAAAAGCACGACGUCGACAUUAAAGCUUGGGGGCUAUCAAGGUCGGCAGCUGUUCCCGAACGACCUACUAGAACUGGAUCCAGCAUGUAAAGAAUGGGCGGUCCAUCACGAACCGUUCAGUCUUCCCGCGAGGAUCCGCUUGGAUCAAUUUUGGCGUGACGACUGGGUCUUGUACGUGAUGCCCGGACCUCAUGACGAUCCCGAGUUCGUGACCGAGCAAGACCGCGAGAUCUUGUACUCGACGCGAUGGAAGAUCUCGCACAACGCAACGAGAAGCGGGUACCGGUUGAAAGGUCCACGUUUACGCUGGGCGCGGACAAGCGGAGGUGAAGGAGGCAGUCAUCCGGCCAAUGUGAUCGAUGAGCCUUACCCAUAUGGUGGCAUGAACUGGAAUGGGGAUGAGCCGGUGCUCCUGCCUGUCGACGGUCCUAUGGCUGGGGGCCUCGCCACAACGACCACAAUUGUCCGAGCUGACCUCUGGCGGAUGGGUCAAUGUCGUCCAGGGAAUCGAAUACAGUUCAAGCGCAUAACGUGGCAAUCGGCGCGGGACCUGGCCGACCGGAUCGAGGCGUUCAUCGAGAUGGUUCGGCGAUUCGUCGAAGGGCAGGUAGGCGAGGAGGAUCUAUCGGGAUUAGAUAUUGAGCUUCCAGAUGGAUGGGAUGAAACUGUUCUGCACACGGUCGAAGGGGACGAGGCGAGUGGGACCGCGUUGGUCAAGUUCAGGCAGGCCGGAGAUAGCCAUAUUCAAGUUACGUAUGGCCCGAUGACUGCUAGCGCAUUGAUGCGCUCGCACGUCCAGCAAGUCAUAAACCGUAUUCAUGACAUCGAGAUUCCCGGUGUUGUCUGCGUCACCGGAACGACAAGAGCCUAUAGCGUACAGUUUCAUCCUCAUCAAAUAUCACAAACUGCGCUCCUACAGGCUUUGGUCAAUAUCGAAAAUUCCCUUGUGAAAUCCCACGAUCCACUACCCAGCCGGAUCUUCAAGUUCCCUGUCCUGCUCGAGGACCCCAUCUUCAAGGUAGCUGUUGCGGACUAUACCGCGACGGUUCGAAGUUCGGCCGUCUACCUCCCUGACAACAUGGACUACAUCGCCAAGUCGAACGGCGUAUGUGAUCGAGAAACGGCGUCGAGAUCGAUCGUCGCCUGUCCUCAGCUGGUCACUGCGCUCAGUUUCCUGGCUGGGACACCCUUCAUCUUGCCAUUGGAUCCGAGGCUAGUAUAUGUUGCACAAAAGUACAAUCCAACGCGUAUGUUCACGCCGGAGGGGACCGUCGGACUUGGUGGGCCUCUACUCGUUAUCUAUCCUAUGGAGUCCCCUGGCGGCUAUCAAUUCUGGGGAAGAUCGCUCGCUGCAUGGGAUGCCUAUGCGAACAAACCCGGAUUCACCAAACCCUGGCUCUUGCGCGAAUUCGAUCAGAUCCAGUUCUACGAGGUGGAUCAGGCCGAGUUCGACCGAUGUUACGAAGACUUCAAGACCGGUCGGUUCCGCUUCGAAGUCGAAGAGACCACUUUCGACCCGGCUGCAUACAAGGUGUUUCUGGACUCCAUCGAGCAGGAGACUAAGGAUUUUGUGGCGAGGAGGAACGCGGCGAACCUGGUCUCUGGGGAAGAGGAGACGAGGUUGUUGGAGGUAUGGCAUGCUGAUAGUGCCGAGCGGGAUGGGGACGAUCGGAGCGGGGACGAUGUGGCGGUGAAAACGAUAGAUGACCGAAGCGUUCACGUAGUGGCGCCCAUGACAUCUAGCGUAUGGAAAGUGCUGGUCGAGGCUGGCGACAAGGUCGAACAAGGUCAGACGCUGGUCAUCCUGGAAGCUAUGAAGAUGGAGAUCCCAAUCCGAGCGGACGAAACGAUGGACGGCUCGACCGUCGUCAAGGUCGUCGCCAAACCGGGUAGCCUGAUGGAUCCCGGUCAGACGUUGGUGUUAUUAUCAUCAAGAUCAUCAGAAUAGGCGGGGCGCAAACGACCCGACUAAGAGGUCCGGGUUCUCUUCAACAACAGCAAGAACGGGUCGGAUGGCGUAAACGAUGGCGGAUGGGGUGGAGUGACGAUAGUGGCAAGAUUCGCUAAGAAGCAGCGAGUUUAUCGAUCGAGCGGGAAUCUGGGAUAGCGUACGUUUCACUUCGAAUCGAGUGGAAAGGGUCAUCGGUUUAGUCUGUAAAGGAUGGGCGAUAUGCGCCAAUAGCGUAUGUAGAUGUAACAUCUUGGGUCAAGGGGUCCGUAAAAGCGUUGUAUUAGCAUUGCCAUAGCAUACCCACUGAGCGAGGCGUGGAGUGA